AUGUUGUGUGUGGGCGCCAUCUUCGCACCCAGUGCGUGCUGCUACCCCAACACUAUACUCGGCUACAACCCAAGCAAAAAUGUAAGCUCUGCCCACAAAACCGCAGCGCACCUGCCCUUCACUUGUGAAAAGACAGUUGUGCUAGCUGGUUUCCACUUGAACCACUCGAGUUCCGGAGAUGUGAAAAUUGAAGAAUUUUCCACCUGGCCAGAAGUGCUAGCUGACCCACCUAAUGCAGAAAAGGCUCGUGACAGACGCCUCGCAGGGGUCGUGAACCAGCCGCCCGUUCGGGUUGCAAAUGCCGGCACUUUCAACAAGGCCUCGGCUUACAAGUGCUCUCAGUGCGAGAAGCACUUUGCGGACCAAUGGAACCUGGGUCGUCAUAUGCGUAUCCACACGGGUGAAAGGCCCUUCAAGUGUGACCUCUGCCCGAUGGACUUCACCCUCAAGACCACACUCACGACGCACUUACACCUGCGUUCUGGAAAUGCGAGAAUCGAAGAAUGUGUUGCGUGGAACGAAGUACCACCUGACCCGCCUGCUGCAAGUGUACCGCUGGCUUCUCGUGGGCGUCCCGCAGGGGUCACGAACCAACCCUGCAUUCUGGUGUCGGAUGCCAGCAUCGCCAACAUCAACAUACGCCCCUACAAGUGCCCACACUGUGACAAGGGCUUUGCGGACAAAUGGCACCUGCGAAGGCACAUCCGCAUCCACACGGGCGAUCGGCCCUUCUCCUGUCCCUUCUGCCCCAUGGCCUUCAACCAGAAGAACACCCUCAUCGGCCACAUGCGGCGCCACACCGGCGACAAACCCUAUCGCUGCCAGUUCUGCUGCAUGGCCUUCUCCUGGAAGAGCACCUUUGUCAAACACAUGCAGCAACACGGCCCUGAGCACCUUUCGCUCUCAUUCAACUGA